AUGAUCACCAGCUUUUUCCGUGAUGCAAACGAUUUUCAUCGAGCGACUUUCUGGGUUGAGAAAAGGAGGAUUGAUUUUGGAGCUGAUGAGAUUUCACAAAGCGAUGAUGGAUUCAAAAUUACCGUUGAUGUCUCUUCUUUUCAUCCGAAUGAACUUAAAUUGAUUCUUGAAAAGAAUGAGCUAACAAUUUUUGGGCAUCACAGCGAAAAAUCGGAACGCGGGCAUCACAGCGAAAAAUCGGAACGCGGUGAGAUGAGUCGCGACUUUUCCAAACGCUACCUUUUACCAGAGGAUAUUGAUGCUGAAAAGCUGAAAUCAAAUCUCUCUUCAAAUGGGAUUUUAAAGAUCGAGGCACCGAAGAAGAGCCGAGUUUUAUCAACAAGGAACAUUCCCAUUGAGUACCGC